AUCAUUAUGUCAGAGGAUGUUGUGGGCACUAAAAUGGGUUCGCGGCGUUGUUCCUUUCAGCCAGUUACCCAUUGCAUUUUCGAGCUGGAUGGCCUGCUGAUAGACAGCGAACGGCUGAGAGCCGAAUCGGUUCAGAAGAUUCUGGAUCCCUAUGGUCAUACAUACAGCUUCGAUCUGAAGAUGAGGUGUAUGGGAAAGCCGGACUCUGAACAGGCCGCCCUCAUUGUUAACACCUUCAAUCUGCCCUUUAGUCUUAGUGAGUUUGAGACUCAGCAGGAACAACAAUGUCGCAGUAAAUUGGGUUUUAUUCGGCUGUUGCCUGGAGUGGAGCGACUUCUCAAGCAUCUGAAUGAGUUCAAUGUGCCGAUGGCCAUUGGAAGUGGCAGCUGUCGGGAUUCGUAUAGGAUAAAGACGCGUCGCCAUUCCAGGCUCUUCGAUGUCUUCCACCAUGUGGUCUUGAGUGGCUCGGACGAAGAGGUCAAGGCGGGAAAGCCUGCUCCAGACAUUUUCCUCACCACCGCCUCGAGAUUUAAGGAUUCCCCAGAUCCCAGCAAAUGCUUGGUUUUCGAAUCUUCACUGGUGGGAAUGGAGGCUGCCCUAGCUGCUGGAAUGCAAGUGGUUCUCGUUCCCGAUCCUCUGGUCUCCAUUCGAGCAAGUGCUCCGGCUACCCUAAGACUGCGAUCAUUGGACGGCUUCAAGCCUCAGUACUUUGGACUACCACCUUUGUAAAAAUAGGCGGAUAUAUAAGUGUUUUGUCAGUAACUUACAAAAAAUUAAUCAAUACACUGUAAACGUAUUAAAUAAAGAAAAUAUUUUAGUAA